UCAGUGGUUGAUUAAGGGAGGUGGUGGGGGCAGGGAUCAAACGCGCCGCAUCUCCAAGUGUGUCUAUGUGUGUGUGUGUGUCUGCGUAGAGACAGCCCGCACAGAGCUGAGGCAAAACUAGCUUAGCUGAAACAAUAAAGAGCUGAAAAUGGCCGGUGGGAGCUCCCUGGAAGCUGUGAAGAAGAAAAUCAAGUCGUUGCAAGAGCAGGCCGAUGUGGCGGAGGACCGGGCGGCGUUACUCCAGCGGGAACUGAACCAGGAGAGGAGCGCGAGGGAAGCUGCUGAGGGUGAUGUAGCAUCCCUGAACAGGCGUAUCCAGCUGGUUGAGGAGGAGUUGGACCGUGCUCAGGAGCGUCUGGCCACAGCUCUGACCAAGCUGGAGGAGGCUGAGAAGGCUGCUGAUGAGAGUGAGAGAGGCAUGAAGGUUAUUGAGAACAGAGCGAUGAAGGAUGAGGAGAAGAUGGAGCUGCAGGAGAUCCAGCUGAAGGAGGCCAAACACAUUGCAGAGGAGGCCGAUCGCAAAUACGAGGAGGUGGCCCGUAAGCUGGUCAUCAUUGAGAGCGACUUGGAACGUACAGAGGAGCGCGCUGAGCUGUCUGAGAGCAAAUGCUCCGAGCUGGAGGAGGAGCUGAAGACCGUGCAGAACAACCUGAAGUCUCUUGAGGCCCAGGCAGAGAAGUACUCACAGAAGGAGGACAAGUACGAGGAGGAGAUCAAGGUUCUCACAGACAAACUGAAGGAGGCUGAGACUCGGGCUGAGUUCGCUGAAAGAUCAGUCGCCAAGCUGGAGAAGACCAUUGAUGACCUUGAGGACCAUCUAUACAAGCAGCUCGAGAAAAACCGCCUUCUCACCAAUGAGCUGAGAGUUGCCUUAAACGAGGCUUAAACUGGAACAAUUCUCGUAUGCUUUCAUCUGAAACUCAAACGUCCGGGCAUAUUGUCUAAUGCUGUGAUAUAAAAUAAGUAUAGACAAUUGUGUCUAUGACACAAAUGUACAUCCAGACAUGCUUUUCAAACAAACAGGAGUACUAAUGUAAGAUUGUCACAUUAUGCAUGAUCACGCUGCACUUUUAGAGGGGAGGUCAGACAGCCUUAGUAUAUGAAUCGCUACGUAAUGAAUGGAUGUGUGUUCUCAGUUAUGGACAGGGCUGUAGCACAGAAGGCCAGCUGGGAUCUGCAUGGCGCUAUUGCUCUAAGGGUGGAGGCUGGUGAUGGUGCUAGUGGCCCCCUCUGCAAACUCCUAAGAAGGACAGGAUUAAUCAAGUAUAGCCAGACUAUGAUGAGAUGCAGAAACCAAACAGCCCUUUAUUUUAGUUUAGCUGCAGUUUUGAAUUCCCGCGUCUCUUUUAUAAAGACUUUAGUUUUUGUCAUGUAGCAUUUCAGCCAAGACACACAUCAGUGUUUUGAGAAUUUAUUAUUUAUUUACUUCGGGGCUGUGGUUUUUAGCCAAUUGCAGUUCCAGGACACAAGAGUAAGACUGUCCCUGAACUCUUGUAACAACAUAUCUGUUCAGCUUCCUCAAGUCUAAUAACAGCUCUGGAAGUAAGUACUUGGAUGUGUGGCAGCAGGGAUGCAGUACUGACUCCUCAUAAAUAAAAGGAGAAAUGACAACAUAUCUAUUUAUACAAGCUGACCGGCUGAUGGACACAUCUUUGCAUUCCUAUUUGAUUGAAUAGAAUCUCAAAUAGGCGUAUUGAACAACACAGCUCGCCAUGUAAUCCACUGUGGGGCUAAAUGUUUUGAAACUGUAAAUCAGUGCAGUCAUAAGACAGUUUGGGAUUUUAGUGUGAAAUUUUAAUUAGGAGGGUUGAUCCAAAAGGCAUUUUGUAUUGUUCUCAAUGUUGAUUUUUUAAAUUUAUAUUUGAGUGAUUCUGAUCAACACAAACAUCUUUUGGAAAAGCACACCAUAUGAACUUGGGCCAUUCUUCUGCCUUUAACCCAGCUCAUGCAGCGUGGACUACAGCCCUGUUGAUAGCUUGAGUAUGCUUGUAUUUACAGAGGUUACAUGAAGGGAAUAGACUGCUUUAUGAAUGCUGACUUCUGUUUAUGCUAGAAGAUGUGAGAAGGGUGAGAUCUUCCAAUCAUAUGGGUUUAACACUAUCCAACACAUGUCUAACACUGUUAGUUAUCCUGAGCUACAGCUUUGUCUGUCUAUCUAUGAUUUUUAACCACUGCACUGCUAUAUUAACAGAUAAACUGACACGUGCUAAAGAAGAGGGCCUGAGCAUUAAGCAGAUGCUGGAUCGGACUCUUAUGGAGAUGGUGAACAUUUGACCCAGUUCUGUUCCCCUCCCAACAAUACCUCCUCUGAAUAUGGCUGGCUCCCAUAUAUGGCUUCUAUAGUGAUGUUGGGCCAUGUGUUUAUAUGCGUCCUCUCACCUAGUCAUCUUGAAGAGACAAGCUGAUACAAGGUAGCACGAAAUGGGCUGGUGAGCUUAAGUCCAGCCUACACUGUCUGAAACACACGAUUACUACCGGUCAGUUUGAAUUGAAUGUGCAUCUUUAAUAGAUUUACAUGAAUGUGUUUGGAGCAACUGCACUUUGUGAGGGAUGCACAUAAUCAGCAUGAACAAAGCCAUAAGUUAAGCCAGUGUUCCAUAUACAAGGGACUUUCUUAUGUUAUUUUGUAAAGUUGCUUGUAUGUUUUUCUCUCUGCAUCAUAAGCAUUUAUGUCUCAGUAAAUGGUAAUUGGUAAAUGGACUUCGAAUCUCAUUCAUACACUGCUGAACAACAGCGGGAGCAAUUUGGGGUUCAGUGUUUUGCUCAAGGGCACUUCGGCACGUGACUGCCGGAGCUGGGAUCAAACCAUCAACUUUCGAUUGAUAGACAGCAGACUCUACCCACUGAGCCACAGCCACCAUCAGUGACUCUGUAAACUUUCAGUCUAGGAAGGAAGGAGUUCUUCAUGCAUUUGCUUGAAUGUGCUGUUUUGUUCGACCGUCUGAAAAAUGUUUAUACACAGCACCCACCUCUCUGUUUACUUUGGGAAAACGAUUUGUUUAAUUUUCUGUGUAGUGUCUCUCAUUUUAUCUUGGAAAUGUAAAGAUUGAGAAUAAAUGGUUGGUUCAAGUAA